UCGGCCACCAUUCCUUCAGAGGAAAAGGAGCUGUGGACGACGUCGUUGGGUCACGGUGGCCGGAUGGUUAAAUCCCACCUACAGACGAUACUAAAUAGUCACUGUUUUGUGAGAGAAAAGGAAAGCAAUAUAGCGAAAAUGCCGGCUCUCGGACUGAACAGGGGCAUUAGCGAAAUUCCCCAAAGUGAAAGUCCCCGUCGGUGCCUCCACUGCUGUAGUAACCCGUGUCCGGGGCCUCGGUGGUGCUCCGAUGCCCCUCUCCCACCGCUGAAGAUCCCGGGUGGGCGAGGGAACGACAAGAGGGAUCACAGUCUUUCAGCUAAACUGUUUCACUCAGAUGCUCGGUUGCUGGUUCUUGAGGAGCCUUCUCCUUCAGCAGGCCAUGUGCGUUUCUUGCACUUCCAGCCUCGUUGUGGAGGGGGCAAGUUGUGCUCUUGGAGAGUUGCUUUGAGGGGAGACAAUCUGUAUGUUGAGAUACCUUUAGGACCCCUACCAGAAGGCAGCAAGGAUAGUUUUGCUCUAUUGCUGGAGUUUGCGGAAGAACACCUGCAGGUAGACCAUGUCUUCAUCUGCUUCCACAAGAAUCGUGAUGACAGAGCAUCACUGCUGCGUACGUUCAGCUUCUUGGGCUUUGAGAUUGUGAGACCGGGUCACACCCUUGUCCCCCACCGACCUGACGCUUCCUUCAUGGCUUACACGAUUGAGAAAGACUCCUGAUGAGUAACUGAUGGAACGCAAACCAUUCCCUUUUUCGCUGUUUUUGGGGGAGAAAAAUCUUAAUACUCGCGUAUUCUGGCAGUGUUUAUCGCAUUUUUUGUCACCUUUUAAAUUUGCAGCGUCUGUGAACUAUAAAUUCACAAGAAAGUGCUAAAAGCCUCAUUGCUGGGUUUAGAAAUUCAUUCCAUUACCAGUUUUGAUUUACGUUUCCCAAUCCACCAUUAAUCAUCUCUAGAAUGUAAUGUUUGGAUGAAGUUCUUUGAACUUAAAUUCAUGUAAUUAGUAUUGUCAUGGUUGCUUUGUAUUGAUUGCCUGGUUGUUUUUGUUACUUGUGUGCAUGAUUUGUAAUUGCUGAUCUUUUCUAUUUCAUUGGAAUAAAAUCUAACUGUUGAAACUGCAAAGUAAAGCAGUUCACCUUGA